AUGUUCAUUGCUAUUGGAAGUGGUGUUGGCUUUUUAGUCGUGGCCGCUCUAGUGUGUUUCAUGGUUCUCUGUAAAUUGAAGAAGACUGAGCGUUAUGGUUCUUACCAUCCACUAGCAAAGUGGUGGUGUUGGUUUAGGCCAGAUCCUUACAAAAGAGAGUUCUCAAGGAGAACAGCUUCAUCACUGCCUGGAGAACUAUGCUGCUACUUCAGACUAGAUAAAAUCAAAACAGCAACCUACAACUUCAAUGAAGAUCUAAUUGUCAGUGUUGGUGGCUUUGGCAAUGUUUACAAGGGUCUGAUUGAGCAAGGUAACAUAGUGGUGGCAAUCAAGCGCAAGAAACAAGAGUCUCGACAAGGUGCUCAUGAGUUUAUGACAGAGAUCGAGAUGCUUUCUAAACUUUGUCAUGUUCACCUUGUGUCUCUCAUUGGAUACUGCAAUUACGAGGGUGAGAUAAUACUUGUUUACGAGUACAUGACAAAUGGUACCCUCUACCACCACCUCUAUGACACCCCUAAUGAUCCCCUUACCUGGAAACAAAGGCUCCAUAUAUGGAUAGGAGCAGCACAUGGUUUGCACUACCUACACACAUGUACAACGCACCCUAUUAUCCACCGUGAUAUGAAGACAACAAAUAUUCUAUUGGAUGAGAAAUAG